GCCCCCAACAUUCUUUGACAUGAUUCGCUCAUCAGUACCAUUUGUCAGGGCAUACCCUCUCCUACGAACCAGAUACACAGCAGCACUUCACACCUCAGCCGUUUGGCGAAUGGAGAAGUCUGCGGUAGUGAGCAACUGGAAUCCCUUUGCAAAGAAACAACAGGAGGAACAGAAGCCAGACCAACAAUUGCAAAACGCAGUUGACAAAGUCGAUUUGAACUUCAAUGUGGAGUAUCAAGACAAGGAGGAUAUCCCCUCCUGGAAGAGCAAGGUUUUGAUGAACGAUGCUGAAGAAGUCGAAAAGACAUUGAAGGAGAUUGUCCAAAAGCAUGUUAAGGAUAUCAAUGAAUCUAGCUGGAGCGAGAUAAGCUUGGCAGAUACCACUCUCAAGUUCAACAUUAUCAAAGACGCCAUCGUAGAGACUGGAAAGGAUGUUCCUAGCGCUGAGCUCAACAACAUCACGACUGUCUUGGACGCAUUAGCAUUCUUUUCUCGCAAAGCAGUUUCAGUGGACGACAAGCGAGGUGCCGUUCAGCGGUUCUUUGAAGAAGACAUUGAAGAAGUACCAAGCAAUCUUGCUUUCAAAAAGCUUGAGAAGCAUGCCGCUCAAGCAUAACUAAGCUAAUUAGCUGUAAUAUAAUAGACCAGGGAUAAACCGUAUUGUACAAUUCUGCCCAAAAAUAAAAAAGAAAUGAUUUUAUAAGCCCAAAUAGA